AUGGCAGAAGCCGACGCCUCCUCUGCGCUCAACGCCAGCUCUGGCGACAGCAUCGAAAUCACAUUCACCCACCACUCCAAACCCAUCGCAAUGUCCUUUCCCCAAGAUGCCACAAUCGCCGACCUCUCCGAGCGCGUAUCAACCACCCUUUCCAUUCCACCCUCCCACCAAAAGUUCCUCAUAGCCGGUAAACUCGGCCUGCAAAAACCCCCAUUCAAAGACCCAACCCUAGCCCUGACCUCUUUUGCCACCAAGAAAAUAACACUCAUGGGCAGCACACAAGAAGCUGUCGCCUCUCUCAACUCCAGCAUAGCCGCGGCCACCACUCCCCGCCGCCCCGGCCCCAUCAAGCCCGCCACGCCCGCCCGAUCCCGCGACUCCAAGCGCCUCCAAGAAGAAGCACAGUACACAUUCCACACACUUCGCCCUCUGCCCUACCUCCCGCACCCCGAGCGCUCCCUUGCCUUUCUCGAGCGCCUGCGCUCCGACGCGGGGAUAAAAGCCGCAAUGCGCACGCACAAAUUCAGCGUCCCGUUGCUCACAGAGAUGGAUCCAGCUAUGCACACCACACAAGAUUCGCGUACGCUCGGCCUCAACCGUAACAAGGGCGAAGUGAUUGAACUCAGGUUACGAACGGAUGCGUACGAUGGGUACCGUGACUAUAAAACUAUUCGCAAGACGCUGUGUCAUGAGCUCGCGCAUUGUGUAUGGGGUCCGCAUGAUAGGAACUUUUGGGACUUGUGUGGGAAGAUUGAGAAGGAGGUAUUGAGGGAUGAUUGGAGGGGCGGUGGGAGGAGAGUUGGUGAGGAGGAAGUUUAUGAUCCUGGGGAGGAUGGGGAUGUGUGUGAUCAUGGGGGUUGGACGGGGGGUGAGUUUACGCUUGGGAGUGCGGCGGUGGGAGGAGGUAAUGGGAACACCCCUCACAUAGCCUCGCGGCAACCGGCGAAUCAGUUAUUCCACCCGGAGCACAACAACUCUUUUAGUUUGCCCCUCGCUGGAAUCUCCACACUUUUACCACCAUCGCACUCAACUCGACAUCGCCCCGAUAUCGACUGCUGCACCAUUGCACACAUUGCGAUCCGACUUGCUGUCAAUUCGACACAAACCACUCGACGAGUACACCAUCAACUACACCGACAACAUGUCCUACAACAUGGGCUACUACCUGUUUACCGACCUGCACACCAAAACUGCGCCACCCAUCACCAUCACCGCUACUACUACAACGGCUUCAGCUACAAAUGCGGGCCGCAACAACAUUCAUCACACCACCAUCCCAACUACCGCCCCCCUUUCCCCUCUCCCAAACUCCCUUUUGCCACCAUCGCCGAAACCCUAACCAGCCACCUCUUCUCUUCCACUCCGCUCCCCCUCGAUCUCGCCCACUACACCCCUAUCCUCCUCGCCUUCACCGCCGGCGCAGUCGUUGGAACGGGUAUCUACACCUACAUCCAUCGCUACAAGAUUAGCCGCGCCAAGGUCAAACUUGCCAUCUUCCAUAUGGUGCAUUGGUUGGAGAAUCUCCCUAAUAUCAAGCAGCGCUUCGCCAACCCCAAGGAGCUCAUCGCUUUCGUGCAGAAGGAGGUUGAUGAGAUGGUAAAAGAGUACGGCCAGCUGAGCAAGAGCGAAGGCAAGGAGACGGUCAAGGCUGUAAAGAGGACGAUUUGGGGAUAUGUGGAUGAGAAGAUUAGAGAGAACGAGGCGAAGCGAAUUAGAACAAACGAGGCAAAGCAGGAGAAGAAGAGCAAGAGGAGGAAGGUUAGAGCAAAGAGGAAGACUGAGAGGGCGGAUGAGAUAAAGGCUGAGAUGCCCUCUUCGCCGCCUAGAGAUGUCCGUGAUGGAGGUGCACCAACGAUGAGUCAGGCGGCCGUUGGAGAAUACGCAGUUUCUUCCUCCGUUCUGGAAGAUGAAGAUGUGAAGAUGACGGGUUACGACUCCCAUACCCCUGCGCCUACGCAAGAGUCCGAACUUCCGACCAUACCGAACCGCGUGUUCGAGGAUCUUACCCAGAUGCCGAUGUCUACACUAGAUCGGAAUCCGUUUAAUUACCCCUCAGACUCCUCUUCUCCUGAAUCUAUUGGAGAUGUUGAGACUCUUGCACCUUCUGCGAUACAGGGUAGGAGCACGUACAAGUAUGCACCUUCUUCCUCUGGCUCUUUCCCAGAACGCGUUGAAGACGCUGCUAUUCCUACACCGUCUACACCUGAUCAGAACCCGUAUAACUACCCUUCGGAUCCAUCUUCUCCUGAAGCUGUUGAAGAGGCUGCAACUCCUGUACUUUCGUCAGCACAAGGUCGGAGCACAUACAAAUACCCGUCCUCCUCACCCUCCUCACCCUCCUCCUCCGCCAAGGAUUCCUUACCUCCCAACUUUGCUCGACCGUCAAACCCGACGCCCAGCCGUGGCCGAGCUCAAGUCUAUGAAUAUGACGAUACACCUCGACCUAAAACCUCCCACGGUCUAUCCUACCCGGAACUGAAAGAAGAAGAAGAUGAUGAUGAUGAUGAUGAUGAUGAUGAUGAACAAGAAGACGAAGAAGAUAACGAAGCAGACGACGGUAAAGGAAACGUCCCUGCUACUCGCCAACAAGGCACUCCAACACCCACCCGCAACCAAACCUCCUCUAACCAACGCAACCAUACCCCUCGACAAAACUCCUUCAAAGGUUUCUCUAAAUACCUACUCAAUAACUCUAUAUUGCGACGUGCUCCGAAAUCCACCGAAUUGCUACCGUCGGUCCAACCCGCCCAAACCGAGACUUCCACAAAGGCAGUCCGCCCCACAAUACAAUUUCCUGCCCCCUACUCCGACACCCUUCUCUGCACACUCCCUGAGGGUAUCUCACCGCAGCAGAGCCCUCCGGAGGGAACGACGCAGUACCGGGCUGCGGGUACGAAAAAGAUGUACCGUGAGAUUGAGCAGGGCAGGAGUCUGAGGAGGGGAAUUAGGAACUUCUUCGGCAUGAAGAAUCCUGAGAAUGAAGAAGAAGCGAAAUCAUCGACACCUAUCGCCUCACCAGCCGCUCAGGAAGUCUAG